AUGCCGUGGUUCAGCAAGCCGGAAGUGCCUAGUAAUCAGCAAGAUCCAGCCUCCAGACAAGCAGUUUCUGCUCGAGAAAGAGGCUUUAUAUACUGUCAAGGCACAAUCCUCUAUGAAUACGACAAGCCGUUCAGAUUCAUAUCUUGGAACGUGCCAAAUAUACAGGCUCUCGAAGAUGGAAGGCCAGACCAAUGGGAGCGAGCUCCUUCUCCCUGGGAACAAGAGGAUGCGCUUGCCUCGGUACAUCAGAUGCAAGGUCGUGUGAUUAGGACGUAUACACUAUCUGUAGGCAAAAAUCGACACAUCGAGUCACCGACCAAACUCAACGAAGCCCUCUUUAUCGGACUCGACCAUGCAAUUGCUAUUGCAUCCCGUUAUAAUAUCAGAGUCAUCAUCCCAAUUAUCGAUAACUGGGAAUGGCACGGCGGUGUGAAGGACUUUGCUGCAUUCAGAGGGAAACGAGAGCUGGAAUUCUGGACGGAUUCGCUAGUACGGAAUGACUUUAAGCAGGUCAUUCAACAGGUUAUUCUUCGAAGGAAUACCGUUACGGGUGUGGUGUAUCGUGAUGAUCCCACAAUACUUGGAUUCGAGACUGGAAACGAACUUGGAGGAUGGGACUAUUCGACACCAUCAGACUGGACAAUCGAUAUCUGUAAAUUCAUCCGCUCCAUCGAUCAAAACCAUAUAAUAAUAGACGGAAGUCUUGGAACCAAAAAUCAACACUGGCCCAAAGAAGUCCUUCAGUCGCCGUAUGUAGAUGCCAUCGACAACCACUAUUAUUCACCACAAGGCACCAACGACUAUGCCAACCAGGCCAAGAACGAUCUGAAGCUGGCAAAAAAAUAUAAUAAGGCAUUCUUUUGUGGUGAAUUCGGUCUUGCCAGUCCAAAAGUAAUGGAAGCUAUGCUGGAUACAGUAGUAAAGAAUCAGGAAAUCGCUGGAGCUCUGAUAUGGUCUUUGAGAUUUCACGCUGAACAAGGUGGAUUUUACACCCACAAGGAAUACGAAGGAUACCUAGCGUAUCACUAUCCAGGAUUCCCUCCAGCAGAAGGGUUCCAUCCAGACGAGCAACGAGUCAUCAAGAUGAUGCGAACAUACUCAGCAAAGCUCUACGGUCGAGACAUACCAAUAAUACCAGCACCGCCACCUCCAUACCUGUAUCCCUCACGAGAUGCGAGGCUUACAUGGAGAGGUAGUGUAGGUGCAUCACAUUAUCAAGUCUGGAGGACUUAUGAUGGCGGCAGGCAUCCAUGGCAGAUGAUUGCUGAUGGAAUCGUAGAUAACGUCAAUGCUGGGAAUCAUAUUUACAAAGACACGGAUGUAUCGAGGGGUGUUGUGUAUGUGUAUAGUGUGGUGGCAGUCAGUGAAGGAGGGCGGAGUGAGUAUAGUAAUAGGGUUAUGGUGGAAUCCUGA